AUGUCGCGACCUCGUUUCAACUUCAGCAAGGCGAGUGCCACCACCUCCACCACAAAUGCGACCACGAUCUCUAAUAGCUCAUUUACCAAAUCAGGCAGAGUGGCUGAUUUGGAGCGUGCCCAUAGUCAGACUCCCCCAACGGCUUUUCUUCUGAGCGCGCGUUCGAUUGACUCUUCGCCCAAAAUCGGUGCUGGCUCCAUUACCCCUGCCGAGGUGAGUCUAUCGACCUCGGCUACCGGGAAGGUCGACACGAACGCCGAUAAACAUGAGUUGUUGGGGAUAUUCGAGAAAUACGACGUUUCGGCAGUUGACACGGAUGUAGAUCUGUUGGAGGAGAAAAUGAAGCAGUUCAAGGUGAGACAAAGCCUGAGCACAGAGGUUGAAAAGGAGCUGGCGGACACAGAACUGGCUUCUGCCGCCCCUGGCCCUGACUUGAGUGAAAAACAGGCAGUGGAUUUGCAGACGAACACUGAAAGAAUUGACGAGCCAGAGUCGGAGCCGGCGGUUUUAGAUGGCCUUGCAUCAUUACACUCCACAGCAGAAGUCUUGAACAAGGAUGAUCUAGAUCUGGAGAAGCCAACAAGCCAAGCCGAGGAAAAAACUACAAAUGGCUCCAAUAAUGCAUCUGUCGAAUCCAAUGCACCUGAACACAACGCACCUCAACACAACGCACCUCAACUCAACGCACCUGAACCUAAAACUUCACAGAGUGUCGAGUCUGAGUCCCUAAGUCUGGAAGAUAAUGACAGCAAAGGUGAUACAGAAAUAUUGACCGAAAUCUCCGAGAAGAUCUUUGUCGCUGUAUCCGGAUCAAGAGAAUUACCUGAACUCACGGAUGUGAAAGAUUCAUCGAUUCCCUCACCCAAGCCAUCAAGUAUGAGCAUGCAACCAUAUGACCCCUUUCUGCCUAUUUCUCUGCCCACAGUUGGAGACAACCUGGUCGAAGAACCUGCAAGUGAAAUUCGAUCAAGAGCACCAAGGCUGACGGAGUCUACUAGACCCAAAAGACAAGGCUCUCUCUCGAGGGCAAGUAGCUAUGUUGACCCAAAAGAACAGCACCAGCUAUCGCAUAAGCCAUUUGACUUCAACACAUUCUUGAACCACCUCAAACAAAAGGGCGCCGAGCCAAUAGUCAAAUACACAAAGUCAUUUUUGGCGUCAUUCAUACGCCAGGCUAAUAACAUGAAUUCUGAGCAGAUGAUCAAGGCAGUGCUGGACUUCAAAGCUUUCAUCAACGAGAAAUUCAAGGAAUUUCCACCGUUUAACAGUAUGGACGAAAAAGAUUUGGAAAACUCCAAGGAAGGUAUUGAGAAAUUGAUCAUGAAUCGAAUCUAUGAUUAUUGCUUUUCUCCCGAAGCCGUGAAGAAGUUUGGCCGAAAUGCCUCUGCAUCCAUGAUCGACGACAUGAAUGAAGACAGAAACUUUGCAUUACAAGUCGAGAAGUUCAGUUGGGUUCUGGGUGUGCACCUUGAUGUCGAUCUCGACCUGCUUGUUUCUCACAAAAAGAACUUGUCAAAAGGAUCGGUAGAUUACAUGGAACAUGCUAGAUCGCAGCUCAACAUGAUCAAUCAAUACCGUGCACCAAGAGACAAAAUCAUUUGCGUUUUAAAUUCCUGCAAAGUAAUAUUCAGUCUUCUCAAAGUAUCGCAGAGCGAGACCAAUGCAGAUGCAUUCAUCCCAUUGCUUAUUCUUGUCAUCUUGAAGGCCAAAACCCCUAACUUCAUCAGCAACAUUCGGUAUAUUCUGCGCUUUCGUGGAGAAUUAUGGCUAACCCAUGGCGAAACCAGCUACUAUUUGUCUACAAUAGAAGCAGCUGUGAAUUUCAUCCAAGAUAUCAAGUUAGAGGACCUCACAAUCGAGGAGAGCCACUACAAUGCACACAUGGAAGCAUGGGAAGCUGAGAUAAGGCAGAACAAGAGCCAUCUUGCUCAGCCCAUUCCACAACACACCAACAAUACCGAAACGCCAACAGCACAAUCGAUGUCUCCUUCGAAUGUAAUUCUAGCAAGUGCCGGUAUACUAGGAAAAUCCCUUACUAAUUUUCUCUCCCUGUCGCCACUUAAUGAUGAGGUUCAGCCCGCUGCUUCGGAGACAGGAGGAGUUUCGGACACACAGAUUGAUGAAACCUUCACCCAACUCAGUGAGGUAUUUAAUACACUUGACAAGGCUAUCUUGCGUGAUGUGAUCAUAAUGAACGACGGAGAUGUCGAGAGGUCUCUCGAAGCUUGUUUACAGCUUGUCAGUGAACAAUAA